UCAUUUUGUUGUAAUUUGUAUUCAGAGCUUUAUAAACACCAUGAAGCCAAAUCAACAAUUUGUCGAAGAGCCCACAAUGAGUGACAAGACAUUACUCUUGAAUGUCGAGGAUCUCAUCAACACGGCGUUUGGGACCGCCGAUAGAAAUGUAGUCAACUUUAAAAUGAUUCAAGCUGUGCUACACAUUUUGGCACGUCAGAUGCGUUUACUUGAACAAGAUGUUGAGAUUAAGGUUGACGAAUUCGGACUUGAAGGAAAACCUCUUGAGGCAUACGCUAGCGAAGCAGGAUUGACUGACACAAAAAAAGCAAAACGAGGUCGGAAAAAGGCAAAAAGAGAUGGAGAUAGAAUAGAAGAUGGAGGAACUAUUGGGAGAAGUUAUGACGAAGACGAAGAAUAUGAUGACAGAGAUUAUGAUCGUAGUAGAGAUCGGGGUGGGGGGAAAGCACGACGUCGGCGAAAAGACGAUGAUCGAGAUGGGGAGAGAGGGAGCAGUCGUGGCAGAGAUAGAGAUUACGACGAAGACGGAGAGAGAGAGGGUAGUCGCGGAAGUGAUAGAGAUGAUGACCGGGGCGGAGAAAGAGGGGGUAGUCGCGGCAGAGAUAGGGAUGAUGACCGGGGUGGGGAGAGGGGGGGUCGUCGCGGAAGGGAUAGAGAUGAUGACCGGGGCGGAGAGAGAGGGGGUAGUCGCGGCAGAGAUAGAGAUGAUGACCGGGGUGGGGAGAGAGGGGGUAGCCGCGGAAGGGAUAGAGAUGAUGACCGGGGUGGGGAGAGAGGGGGUAGUCGUGGCAGAGAUAGAGACGAUGACCGGGGCGGAGAGAGAGGGGGUAGUCGUGGAAGGGAUAGAGAUGAUGACCGGGGCGGAGAGAGGGGGGGUAGUCGCGGCAGAGAUAGAGAUGAUGACCGGGGCGGAGAGAGGGGGGGUAGUCGCGGCAGAGAUAGAGAUGAUGACCGGGGCGGAGAGAGGGGAGGUAGUCGCGGCAGAGAUAGAGAUGAUGACCGGGGCGGAGAUAAAGGAGGCAGGCGUGACGGAGAUAGGGGUGGUGAGCGUGGUGGUGCUGAAGAUAGAGGUAGGGAUCGAGGCGGAGGAGGGGCAGGGGGCAGGGGGGGAGGAGGUGGCAGAGAUGAAUAUGCAGAUGGAGCGAAAGACGGUGGUCGUGCUGAAGAUAGAGGAGGAGAUCGUGGUAAAGACAGGGGUGGUGGUCGAAGUGCUGACAGAGAAGGUCGUGGUGGAGAAAGAGGAAGAGACAGAGGUGGAGAUAAGGGAGGGGGCACCGAGCGAGGAGGAGAUAGAGAAGACUCUCGUGGUAGACAGAAAAGUCAAAAGGAAGACUAUGAGGAAAGUAAACGAGAAAAGGGUGGGGACCGAGAAGGACGAGAGAAAAAGGGAUAUGGCGGUGAAGGAGCUGGCGGGGGAGGGGGUGGCAGAGGCGGCGCGGGUGGCGGCGGGGGAGCAGGUGGUGGCGCGGGGCGAGGGGCGAUGGGUGCUCAAGGUAUCGGCGGCAGUGGCGCACAAGACAGUGGGGCAACCAGUGCUGAAGAAAGAGCAGAAGAGGAAAGAGUUGGUAAGAAAAGAGAAGAGAUAGCCAAAAUGCGAUCGGCAAGAAGUGCAGAACGAAUGAAAGCACAAAAAUCAGGAACUUCUUCAGGCAGAUCAGCCGCGUCUGGAGGAAAAACUUCUGGGUCUCGUACAAGCAUCACUGUAACAGAAGCGAAGCGAAAAGGCCACAAGGGCAAGGGAGGCGAAGAUAAAGUAUUAGCAGUGGGAAAAGGACGCACUUCGGGUGGCCACGGUCCACGCGUCGGUAGCAUUGAUGUGGUAACUGCCUCGCAGUUUGCGUUACUCGAGAAAGCUGUCCGCGACCUGCAGAAGGUAGCGGGCCCUCUGCCCACACCAUCGAUGCCUGACAACCAGCGCUUAAGACAAGACCUGGCCAAAGGCACUGCGUCACUCACCGACACCAUGAAAGCCAUGCAGUUGACUGCUCGUGUGACGGCUGCUGAGCGCGGUCUGACACAGAUGGCAGGCUUGCUGACGCAGCUUGCAGCGACGGGUGCGCUGCCCGCUGAAAUGGCAAGUCGCAUCGGGGAGGUGGGCUCCGAAUUUAAACAAUUUUCCAAAUCGACGCCUGAGGUAGCGCGGCAACCAGUAUCUGGCCAGGGGCCAGGGCAAGCUCCAUUUGUCGGACCACUUCCAGGUCAAGCUACUGGACAAUGGCAAGGACAAGUUCAAGGACAGUUUGCGGAGCAACUUCCAGGACAAGUUUCAGGACAAACACCAGGAUCAGGCCAAGGAAUGCCAGUGCCUACCGGGGCUCGAAAAAUGCCACCUGGUUCACGUGUGCCACCAUCGUCUACCACAGGAACACAGGGUGUAGGGCAGGGAGGAGUAGGGCAUGGGCCAUAUUCUUCAGACACGGGGGGUCAAGCGUUCACUACCCAGCCAUCGCAUGGAGCGAGGGCAGAGAGUACGGCGACGGGGACGUUGCCCUGGGAGCCAGGAGCAGGCGCUCCGGAGAGUAUCAGUACUCCUUCAUUUCGGAAGUCAGUCGCUAUAGAUCCCGGUACUGGCUUACCAAGGAGAGUAGACGGGGCUGCCAUCAGACCGUCAAUGGGUGGCAGAGCUUCCGAUGCAGCCUACAAAGCAGUCACACAUGCUGAGAUGGAAGAUGUUCUGCUAAUCAUUAAAGAUGACUUCAAGAAAACUAUAAACACAAUGACAGCUCGAGCCACACACUCGGCAGACGUGGCCGUCAGUACGUCCAAGGGAGUCGCGGAGAAAAUGGAUCUGGCUGAGAGACUAGAUAAACGGAUCACCCAGUUAAACUCUCAGGCCGCUGAUUAUGCCGCGCAGCUCAGUGGCUUCGAUUCCGGCCUCACAACUCAGAUGGCCAGCUUCCAGGAACAGAUGGCGCAGGUGAGGACCGAGCUGAAGGAAGGUAUCGCCAGGCUCGAGCAAGCCACUACUAACGCUGAGUCGGCUGCUCUGAUGGACCUGACGGAGCGCUACCAGGGGCUGGUCAUGGAGCUGGAGCACACGCUGCACACACACCAGGGCCUCACCACGUUACAGCAACAACUCAGUGAAGAGCUGCGGAGUCUUGUGGAGUGUGUUGAAAUGCUUCGAGAACAAAAAGCUGACAGAGACGAAGUAUACGAUGGCCUCAGGGAUAAGGCGGACAUCUCGCGGCUGACUGGUCUACUACACGAGACGGACUUCUUGCACGCGCGCGCAGAACUCGACAACCGACUGAUGCAUUGUUAUGAAAAAUUCACGAAACAGGACAUAGUGUGGCUGACGGCGCUCAAAGACCUGUCAGCUGUGGCAGAAACCAAGGCAGAGAUAAUUCAACUGAUGGUGCUUAAGGACUCUGCCACCAUGGAGCUGAAGAAUAUCCAGGCGAAGCUGCGGCAGUUGUACAUCAUGCUUGGAGAACCGAAGGCGGCCGUACUGAUGCGGGCGCUGGCGAAGGGCGGGGCGUGCGGAGCGUGUCUCACUCCGGCACUCAUGGAGCUAACAGAACCAAAAUACGGGAAGCCUUUCGCUAUGCCCCAGUUCCGGCCGCCGCCGGUCGGAGAGGAGGAGCCAUGCCUCACCAAGCUCAAGCCGCUGGUACCGGCAGACACCAGGUCGCACGUGUGCCGGCGCUGGGCGGGGGGCUCGCACACGCUGGUGUCGGAGCACGUGUCGCACGAGCGCGCCGCGCCGCCCGCGCUGCACGGCCCGCCCACCAAGCGGUACGCUGGGUACGGCACCGACGGACGGUUAUACAUGUUGGAGGAGGAACUCCAGCCAUGUCUGGAGUGCAACCAGCUGGAAGCAAGGGAGCCAGGGCAAGUGAUACCCAUCGAACCGAAACCCUCGCCCAAUGUUGGCGCCGGAGAUCAGAAAUUGGCUGAAGUUGAGCCACAGAAGGACAAAGAGGAAGAUAAAAAGAAUGAAGAGAAAGAGAAGCAGGGUGAAAAUGAGGGUGAUGGUGACAAUGCGAGCUUGGCGUCCGGACUACAAUAAUAGCAGCGCGACUGCGACUGCGACAAUGAUUAACUUUGAGGACAUAAUUGAGAGAACUGGACAUGAUAGCAAACAGAAGAGAAGAACGCACGUCCUUACAUUAUUGUUGUUCAAUCAUAUAUUUGUAUAUUUAAUUAUUUCUUUUGGGUGACCAUCAUUCA